AUGAUCCAACUCAGUCUGAGGCGACUCCUACAGAGAGCACCAGCAUUUCCAUUUCAGAAUGUCAUAGUCACUGAUGUCAAUGGUAAUGCUCCUUCCAAUGAAUUACGGGCAGCAGCAUUGAGACAUGUGAAAAAGAAGGGAGGUAGUUAUAUUGAAAUUCCUCAUGACCCUCAGCCAGUAAAUGAGUUUUUCAACCCGAGUUUGUUCCCAAUGAUGUAUCCAACACUAUUUCCGUACGGUAUUGGUGGUUUUGAGGACAAGCGACGUUCAACUCCACUGUCACUUGAAAAGCAUGUGAAGCAUUUGUUCAACCUUGCUGACAGGCGGUUUCAGGAGCACUAUUCAUUCUUAUUUUCAGUAUUUAACAUUAUACAGCGCAGGAAGGUACUGUUGCAUUCCAGUCUGAAAGUGAAGCAUUCAAAUUUUGACAGUGUUGCAGCAAAAUUUGCCUCAGUGUCACCUGAAGCAGUA